AUGGAGGGGCCGGUUCACUUGGACAAUUUGGAGCAGCGGCAGGAGGAGUGGCUGCGCCGGUGCAACAGCCACGUUGGCGUAGACGACCCGCCGGCGGAUAUCCCCCGUAUCGAUUCACCGCGCUCGCUGCGGGCGUGCACCUUGUGCGGCAUUGACCCCACCGUCGCGCUCGAACGGCUGUCGCUGCAGCAGCACUUCAACCUGAUUGUGGGCAACGCACCGUGGGUCGAUCGGAGUGUGCCCACUGGUGUUGUCCUGAGUGACGCACUCGACGCGUGUAGAGGGGCCGGCAUCGUCACCGGCACGACACAGCAAAACAUGCAGGCGUAUCGUAACUACAUGCGGUACGAGGCGGCACGCGUCGACACAUUGACAUUGGCGCAGGAAGUGCGUCGCCAGCUCAUCGCGGAGGAGAUGUUUGAACGACGGCGUCGGGCAUAUGUGGACAGGGGUGUAGUGCGUUCGCCCACCGAGUCUGCCACCCUGCGCGCACCGGAGCAGCACAUGGCACAAUCGCUACUGCCUCGUUCUCAUGACAAUGUGUUUGCCGCUGCAGCGCCGCAUCACGUAUACACCAACGUAGAUGCCCCAACUGCCCCCGUCGCUGCCGUGGCGUCAGCGUCGGACGCUCUGUUGGUGGCACAACAACAACAACAACAACAGCAACAACGAAAGCAGAAGCAAUCUGAGAGUGUGGUGGAUCACCACACAGACAGGAGGAGCAUCCUGUCGAUUGACAAGAGGACAGUUAGCGGCUCCCCUCACGGAGCGGAGACAGAAGUAGCUGCUGUCAUCGGGGGUACAGCGACAGAUGUAGGUGGAAGCUGCAGCCGUCCACAAGACACAGGAGAACACAAGAGAGGCAAGAACGUGACGUUGCCACUGGGAGAGGCACCCCCCGCACCGGUGAUUGCUGCCCAUGAGAAAGGAGAGAGGUUUUAUUACUACUGCGCCAAUGCUGUGGCUCCAGGGCGUUUUGCGGAGUACCCCGAGCCUGAUUCAUUGUAG